AUGAAGGUAAAGCCGCCGCGUGCUCCAAUCAUGACAAACCAAGAACUGUGCAUGAUAAGCGAAUUCUAUGUAAGGAAUUAUAAUGUUUUCCAUGGAGCAUUACCCGGCUCCAGUAGGCAGCCCACAGUGAAGGAAAAGAGAGAGAAGUUGGAAGAGCUUAGCCGAAAUUUAGUCGCGUCCGGUUAUCCAGAGAGGACGGUCAACCAGUUAGAUCAGAGGAUUCGUGAUACUUUAAAAAACGCAAGGAAAUAUGCUGCUUUUGAGAGAUCAGAACACAUUGAAACCGAUGGCGGAGUCCCGACCAAGCUGAUCCCCUCCCAUAUUGACAUUAUCUUGAAAGAACUUGGAGAUAAGCUGCGAGUGAAGGCACCCUCUACUCGAGAAUUUGGUGGCUACGAAGGGGAAGAAUCCGCCAUGAAAGUUUCCUCAUCGACACAUGAUGCGUAUCAAAAGGCCUUGUCCGAUAGUGAAAAUGUCAGAAAGAGAACUUCGACAAGCAAUUCCGAUUUUUGCGAAGAACCUAUCAAAAGAGAGAAGGAGGAGUCUUCCUUUGAUUGCGAAGAGCUGCUUUUACAUGACGAAUUCGAGCCAUAUUUACCUAUACAUGAGGAUGAAGAUGAGGAAGAGGCUACAUGUUCGCAGAAAGAAAUGGAAACGGAGUACUGGAAAUGGAAAAUAAAAAACGAACAGUUGAAGUCUGAUUUGCUAGAGAUUCAAGUGCAAAACGCCCGCAUGGAAGGGGAGAAGUUGCAGUUUCAACUUGAGAACGAAAGGAAGCGCAAUUAUUGUACGUGGUGCACGGGACGAAGUCAAGAUGGAGUGAUCUCUAGAGGAGAUAGCAUUGAAUCGUGUCGUCGAAAAAAAACCUUAUUUACAAGGGCUUGUGAUGAUUGUCUUGAUACUAAACACAACAUUGUUGUGACUUAUAAUGUAAACGACCCUAGUGAUACACUUGUUGCUGCUCAAUUUCCAGUAGGCGUUUGA